GUUAAGCCAUAUCCACGAGGUGCGACACCGAGGAAUAAGUAAAGAGGAAUGUAAUGAACGAGGAAGCCAAGCUCUGCGGUACCGGUGUACAGUACCAGGUCCACCUAUAUGAUGCAAUACAAGCCCUACAUUCAUAUUCUCAACGUUGAGAUCGAUCCCUACAAGAUAGACCACAUUCUGAAUCGUCACCCAACAUAUCGAACGUGUCGAGGGUACGCCGCCAAAUCUGUCUCCUGAGUGUUCAGUUCGAGCAGCACGAGCUAGCAGUACUACAGCCAACCUCAAAACAGCUGACGGAUGAAACCCGGCAUAAAAUAAGGUUAAAGAGCGCUAUCCUCGGCCGUGCGGAGAACAUUCUUCAGGCCUCAGAUCCAACAAUAAAUAGUUCCUACCCCGAAAUAAUCCAGUGUCAUUCUUAGAUGACGCAGGAGUCGACUCCUUCCGAAUUCGACUGCUGUCAGACAUCUCGAGGACUCCAGCUUUAUCGUGACAACUAAAGUGCGGACCUCGUCCUAUGUAGUUGCAGCAAACGCACCAUCAACACAACGCACGCACAGAGUGAUCGUCCUUGGAGCUAUGCCUGAUAGGCAUGAUAGCCUGCCGCAUCAUUCACAACGGCUAAUUAGUACGAGAGUCCUGUGCACCGGUCGUGCUGUAGUCUCAUGUCAAGUAAGUCAGGCUGCUCGCUUAGCGCAAUGCACGGUCAGAGUGAUAGCUCAGAGCACAACAGCUCCACGGCAGUGAUCGCGUUUAUCAUCAUUAGACGGUAUGAAUCGACUCAUCCAUCAUCAUGGCGUCCGUUCCCGUGCGCAUCAACUAAUUGCUUGUCACCGAAGUGAGUACAGCCAGAAACUCACAAUAUACGGAGACCGGGCCAAACAAUCGAUUGGCAUGGAGAUCUGUUUGUUCCUUGUCUUCAUCUAUUAUGCCCUGUAUAUCACAACACUGCGACAGAGCCGUCCCGCGCCACAAACUAACCACACAGGAAGCACAGGAAAAGCGCCCCACAUUAAUUGAGGUGUUGCCGGCAACUGUAGCUGUGAUCCCAGUGGCGCUCGCAGUCGAUACUGAGACCAUCCGAGGCUCGUUCAUAUCUCUAACGAGUUCGCACGUUAUAGAGAUUUCCUUGGCGCAGUCUGACCUCGACAUAGACCUACUAUCGUCGAGAGCACCGUCGUGCCACCCAAUAUCACACAAAAAAUGACUCCGGAGCGCCUCUCAGUACAGCUACUUACACUUCAUUGAUCGUGCCCCCUUGCGGAAAGCUUCGGGUGAGUGUGCUACGUAUCACUUCACCCAAGUUCGGACCUAUCUUCCGUUUUCGCGCGCCUGCUGGACUAUUGAGAACCCAUUGCCACUGCCAGCAAACCACUGGCCCUCAUCGGGUCUACCGCCUCAGCUUCGGCUAUCGGGUCUCAGCUGUAACUUACCAUGUAUCAGUAUGAUUCAGCAACUGACCAACCCAUUUAGUUUGCAACCUUAUACUGCAGACUUUGCGUGAUCUGAGGAUGAGAGAUACAGCACUUUGGGAAUUCGCUGUCCGGGCUGAUCUGAGAUCCAUUGACAGAGGCCUAUCGUCAUGGGUUCAUGUUAUGUAGUUCAGUAGCUGGAAAAUUUUCGCCCUGUUGCAUUCUGCACAUACACAUACGCAUAUUGUCCCUGUAAACAAACAAAUUGAAGUAGUAGUGAAACUCUCACUGCCUCAGGUUGCUUUGGCGCCACAGGAGAAAGCGCCUGUGGCGCCAAUUCGCAACCGGAGCCUGGCAAAAGUAGUAUGAUCGAACCGCUCGGGUUCUGGACGAGAGAAAA